ACGUCACUCUAGUGAAGUGCAGGAGCCGGCUGGCAGGGAGCGAUCCCCUCACCGUCGUCUUUCUGCCCUGUACAUCCGUCUGCUUUUACCUCCAAAUGCUGUAAUUCCUCUUCACUACAGCAGACGUUUUACUCUUGUUUAUACCCGAGGCCAACCUGAUAUACAAGCUGAAGCCCGAUAAUGGCAACCUACCAGGAGUUCAUCCAACAGAACGAGGACAGGGAUGGGGUGCGAUUCAGCUGGAACCUGUGGCCGUCCAGCCGCCUGGAAGCCACCAGGCUCGUGGUUCCAGUUUCAUGCCUCUUCACACCACUCAAGGAAAGGCCUGACUUGCCGCCGGUCCAGUAUGAGCCAGUUUUGUGCAGCCGGGCUAACUGCAAGGCAGUGCUUAACCCUCUAUGUCAAGUCGACUUCAGAGCCAAAAUAUGGGCGUGCAACUUCUGCUUUCAGAGAAACCCGUUCCCGCCCUCUUACGCAGGCAUAUCAGAAGUGAACCAGCCAGCUGAACUCAUGCCACAGUUUUCUACCAUUGAGUACAUAGUACAGCGCGGACCCCCGGCCCCUCUCAUCUUCCUGUAUGUUGUGGACACAUGUUUGGAAGAAGAGGACCUCCAGGCCCUCAAGGAGUCCCUCCAGAUGUCCCUCAGCCUGCUGCCACCCAACGCUCUGGUGGGUCUCAUCACAUUCGGACGCAUGGUUCAGGUUCACGAGCUCAGCUGCGAGGGGAUCGCCAAGAGUUACGUGUUCAGGGGGACCAAGGACCUCUCCUCCAAACAGAUCCAGGAGAUGCUGGGUUUGAUGAAGCCAGGAGCAACAGCAACAGCUGGUCGCCCACCAGCACCUCAGGAUGCUGCAGCCUCUUGCAGGUUCCUCCAGCCUGUGCACAGAGUCGAUAUGAACCUGACUGACUUGCUCGGUGAGCUUCAGAGAGACCCGUGGCCGGUCCCUCAGGGCAAACGGCCCCUCCGCUCCACUGGUGUCGCACUGUCUGUUGCCGUCGGCCUGCUGGAGGGUACAUUCCCCAACACAGGGGCUCGUGUGAUGCUGUUCAUUGGAGGCCCCCCCACCCAGGGCCCAGGCAUGGUGGUGGGAGACGAGCUGAAAACCCCUAUCCGUUCCUGGCACGACAUCCAGAAAGACAAUGCUCGCUAUUUGAAGAAGGCCACCAAGUACUAUGAAGCCAUGGCCAACCGCUCAGCAGUGAACGGCCACUGUAUUGAUAUCUACGCCUGUGCCCUGGACCAGACGGGGCUGCUGGAGAUGAAGUGCUUAUCUAAUCUCACCGGGGGGCACAUUGUGAUGGGAGACUCCUUCAACACCUCCCUGUUCAAACAGACCUUUCAGAGAGUCUUUAGCAAAGACUACAAUGGAGACUUCCGCAUGGCCUUCGGAGGCGUCCUGGAGGUCAAGACAUCAAGGGAAGUGAAGAUUUGCGGGACCAUUGGUCCGUGUGUUUCACUCAACUCCAAGGGUGCCUGUGUUUCAGAGAAUGAGAUGGGCAUCGGUGGCACGAGCCAGUGGAAAGUGUGCGGCCUCAACCCUUCCACCACUUUGGGCAUUUAUUUUGAAGUGGUGAAUCAGCACAAUGCACCAGUUCCCCAGGGUGGCCGAGGGGCGAUCCAGUUCGUAACCCAGUACCAGCACUCCAGCACACAGAGGAGGAUACGGGUCACUACUAUCGCGAGGAACUGGGCCGAUGCACAGUCCCAAAUCCAGCACAUCGAGUCGUCAUUCGACCAGGAAGCGGCCGCAGUGCUCAUGGCUCGCCUGGGAGUCUUCAGAGCCGAGUCGGAGGAGGGGCCAGACGUCCUGCGCUGGCUUGACAGGCAGCUCAUCCGCCUGUGUCAGAAGUUCGGACAGUUCAACAAAGACGAUCCUGCAUCCUUCAGACUGUCAGAGUCUCUGUCCCUCUACCCACAGUUUAUGUUCCACCUGCGGCGGUCGCCCUUCCUGCAGGUGUUCAACAACAGCCCCGAUGAGUCGUCCUACUACAGGCACCACUUUGUCAGGCAGGACCUGACCCAGUCCCUCAUCAUGAUCCAACCCAUCCUCUACUCCUACUCCUUCCAUGGACCACCAGAGCCCGUCCUCCUGGACAGCAGCAGCAUCCUGCCAGAUCGAAUCCUGCUGAUGGACACUUUCUUCCAGCUGGUUAUCUACCACGGAGAGACCAUAGCACAGUGGCGAAAGGCGGGCUACCAAGAGAUGGCAGAGUACGAGAACUUCAAACAGCUGCUGCAGGCUCCGCUGGACGACGCCCAGGAGAUCCUACAGUCGCGCUUCCCCAUGCCGCGCUACAUCGACACAGAGCACGGAGGCUCACAGGCUCGCUUCCUGCUCUCCAAGGUCAACCCGUCACAGACCCACAACAACCUCUACGCCUGGGGACAGGAGACGGGAGCCCCGAUCCUCACUGACGACGUCAGUCUGCAGGUCUUCAUGGACCACUUGAAGAAACUGGCGGUUUCCAGCUCAGCGUAGACGUCUCCGCUCCACCUCGGAGUGAUCCGACAUUCCCGCUGUGAUAUAGGGAUCCAUUAACAUUUCCUGUUUUUGUAAAGGAGCCAGAGAGUCAGCUGUAUGUGCUUGCUUGAUUGUGUGCUUUCUGGAGUCACAUGUGACAUAUCUGUGCUAUGAAAUGUACAGAAAAAGGGAGCACAGUUCCUAAAAAAAGAAAAAACACACACAUUUGUACUCAUUUUCAUUGUUAUUUAUGAGAAACGGCUCCAGACUGUCCUCAUGUAAGCAAUAUCAAAUCCUCUAUGUCUUAUAUUUGAUAUUACCUCUGACAUGCAGAAUGAUUAGACUAAUGCUGAUUUUUUUGUUUUCUUUUUGUGCGUUUGUCGUUAACAUGUGUGUCUACUGCAUCAGACUUGGUCGAAGGCUCUUGUUUAAUAGGAUGCUUAUAUGUGUUUGUCUAUAGCUAAAAAAGAGUUUUCUCAUGAAUAAAUUAUAAUGGUACCUCUAAGAAAUGUUCAA